AUGGACCUCACCCAAGGAAAUAUGACAGUCGCUCAGUAUGCUGGCCACUUCAAUGAAUUGGCUCGCUUUGCUCCCUACUUGGUGGCAGAUGAGCAAAAUCGAGUAAGGAAGUUUGAACACGGUCUCAACCCACAAAUCCAUGAACGUAUUGUAUGCUUUGAAAUUCAAGAUUUUGUGGAAUUAGUCAACAAGGCCUCUCUAGCGGAGGAGAGCGUGAAGAGGAGUGCUUUGGCAAUGACGGAAACACGAAAGAGGGCUGCACCUCCAUCAAAUCAAAACCAAGCUAGAUGGAAACGAAGACCGAACGAAAAUAAUCAUGGAGUCAAACCCAUGGGAAAUGGGUCGAGUUCAGCCACCGGUGCGCCUUGUCCGAAAUGCCAACGCCUCCACUACGGACUGUGUCGUACAGGGACUAAUAUGUGCUACCGAUGCGGUCAGGCCGGUCACUUUGCACGAGAUUGCCCAAAGGCAAAAGGAGGUGCUGCAUCAUUACAGGCAAGGAAUAAUCGCUUACCACCCACUCAAGCCAGGGUUUACGCCCUCACACUAGGUGAAGCAGAAACGAAGAAUGGAGUGGUCACAGGUGGGCGCUACUCCACAACUAAUCUCAACAACACAAGCCAAGCAAUUAUUACUAGAAGGAUGUCAAGUCUACCUGGCAUGCUUAAAGGAGUCGCCUCAAGAGGAGAGAAAAAUGGAGAUAACCGUGGUGCAAGAAUUCCUUGA